GGAGUUCCACACUUUGAGACACAAGAUGGCGGUACAGUAGUCAAACGAGGCCGGCCACCUUCAGCUGAUAGAACCCCAGAAGAAGAAGAGGAGGCAACAGUCAAGGGAGAAGAAGGAGGAGGCGGAGGGGGUUUGAUAUUUUUGUUCGACUGGGAGCUCCCGCUUACGGGACAGGUAAAUGCCGACGAUCGCCCGGCGUAACCACCGAGCUCGCGAACAUGUCAGCGGGGUCAAACUGCCAAAUGUACGAAAUGGCUCGUAAGUAACAUAUAUGUCAGCGCCUGUUGUUCGCCAUCGUCACACGCCCGCCUGGACGUCACCGAGCAGCGGCGGCUUGCUUUGCCGCCAGCUGUCACCCAGCCACCGAGCAGCUCGCGAGGGGCGGGCUUGUUUGGCUCAUCACUGACAGCCGCAGUGUAGCCAGCCCUGCCCCGAUUUAGCUUACUGGGGAAACCGGAGUGCGGACUGCGGGUACACCGUUAUCCAUUGUGUCGCCGAGGAGCAAGUCCUAUCAGGAUGUCACAUCUUUUAGAUUCUGCAUCACCUCUUUGAGAAGCUGUUAGUACCAGGUGAACCCCGGAGCCAAGUUGCACGGAUAUACAGUAAAUCAAACUCAACCCUCCUGAUAAUGAGGUACUCGAGAGGGUGAAGAUAAUGCUUAGACAUGAUGCCCUGUGAGACCCAUGUGUUGCUCAAGUGGCAGGAACACCUCAACAGCUCCUGGGCGGCGGAGGACAGUCUGCAGACGGCCACCAGGCAUGGGGCAGCCACACUCUACAGCAGGCUCCUUCACAACAAGGAGGUAGUGAGUCUGGCCCAGCCCAUCCAGGAACUGGUAGGGCCUCGGCUGCCCGACUUUGAGUGUGAGUCCUGCGCUGCUGCGGAGAAGGAGGAGUAUCUUUCAUCGCUGCUGCAGAGUCAAAGAUGGCUGGCUCGCCGCCUGCUGACACAGACCCGCUACACACAAGGUCUCCACCACAGGCUAGUGGCUCUGCAACGGAUCUUCUACGCUAUUCACACCAAAUACCACGACAACUUCCGUGUGCCGCUUCCCUCUCAGGCCGUAGAGAGCGGUGGGGAAUGUGGGGAUCUUGAGCUGGCCUCUAAGCCCUGCUUGGCAGGAGGUCUGCCUAAGGUCAAGUCAGGGAUGGAUGUUCUGAUCGAGAUGGGUGUGAGGACAGGUUUGAGCCUGCUCUUCUCACUGCUGCAGCAGAACUGGAGGUAUGCUGCCUCUAUGCAUCCCGAGUCAGUGCUGUGCAACGAUGUAUUGGCCACUGCCUCCUCUGUGCUGACAUCCCUACCACCGCUCUCCCUGGCCAACGAGAGCAAGAUCCCCUCAGUUGGGCUUGACUGCCUGGCGCAGGUGGCUGACUUUCUGAAGAAGACAUCUGCAAGCAGCGGCAGUGGUGGUGCUGACUUGACAGGUCGAAGGUUGGCGCUAGAGUUACUUCUUGGUUUAGCAAUGCAGAGAGGCUCACUCAAGUUUCUCCUGGAGUGGGUGGAGGUGGCUUUAGCGACUUCCAUAUCCUCGUGCGCCUCCACGCUGUCUUCCCCCUCCACACUCGGCUCACAGCAAGCAGCUGGUGUGGGAUUUGAUUUCAUCCAUCAAACUCUCCUUCAGAUGAGACAGUUUUCGGGUUUUCGUGGAGACACAGUCAGUACGCCUGUGCUCCAGAAGGACACAGAUGGACUUUGCCGACUCUCCCAGGCAGCUCUCUGCAUCUUUGAGGAGAUCUGUAAUCUGGCAUCCUACUGCCUGUGCUCGUGCAGUGCCGACGCAGAGCCUCCCGUUGUAGACUGCGAUGCUGUGGUGGUGUAUGUGUGGGGCAGCAACAGCAGUCAUCAGCUGGCGGAAGGAACACUGGAGAAAAUCCUGCUGCCCAAACCCACGCAAGGCUUCAGUGAUGCCCAAAUGAUUGAGGCCGGCCAGUACUGUACCUUCUCCGUGUCCGCGGAUGGCGCUGUGAAGGCUUGUGGUAAAGGCAGCUAUGGCCGCCUUGGCCUAGGUGACUCCAACAACCAGUCUAUGCCCAAGAAACUGGUGCUGGAGCCCCACAGGAACAUGAAGAAGGUGUCCUCCUCCAAGGGAUCUGAUGGCCAUACCUUGGCCAUCACCAUGGAGGGAGAGGUGUUCAGCUGGGGUGAUGGAGAAUAUGGGAAACUGGGCCACGGCAACAGUGCUACGCAGAAAUAUCCCAAAAUCAUCCAAGGACCACUGUCGGGCAAAGUUGUUGUGUGCGUGUCUGCUGGCUACAGGCACAGUGCAGCUGUGACCAAUGACGGAGAACUUUACACAUGGGGUGAAGGGGACUUUGGCAGACUUGGCCAUAGUGACAGCCUCAGCCGCAACAUGCCCACACUGGUAAAGGACAUCAGCGGCGUCGGGAUGGUGGCGUGCGGCAGCUCGCACACGAUUGCUGUUGCGCAAGAUGGACGCACUGUGUGGUCCUUUGGAGGAGGGGACAAUGGUAAACUCGGCCACGGCGACACCAACCGCGUGUACCGGCCCAAGAUCAUUGAAGCCUUGCAUGGAUGCAUCAUCCGGAAAGUGUGCGCUGGGAGUCAGUCAUCUCUAGCGCUCACCUCUGCAGGACAGGUUUUCGCAUGGGGCUGUGGCUCGUGUUUAGGCUGCGGCUCCUCUGAGACCACCUUCCUAAGACCCCGAUUCAUAGAGGAACUGAGCUUCACCAAAGUCAUUGACAUCUCUUGCGGAGAUAGCCACUGCCUAGCGUUGUCACAUGAAAAUGAAGUGUACGCCUGGGGCAACAACACCAUGGGCCAGUGUGGGCAAGGCCAUACCUCCACCCCUGUUACCAAACCCAAAAAGGUGCUUGGGCUUGAGGGGGUGUCCAUUCAGCAGAUCACGGCAGGAACUUCCCACAGCUUGGCUUGGACUGCGGUACCAACCGAUAGGCAGCUGGUGGCAUGGCACAGGCCUUUCUGUGUGGACCUGGAGGAGAGUACCUUCACUUACCUGCGCAGUUUCCUCGAAAGCUACUGCGACGGGAUCGAGAAUGAUGCCCCACCGGCGCCAUUCUUAACCAAACGGGAACAUCAUCAGUUCAUUUUGCUGUGCAUGAAGCUGCUCUCCGUCCAUCUGUCACUGGCUCAUGCUGGGGGAACCGGUGCUAUGGUGUUGGGGGCCCAGGGCAGGCCCCUCAGAAACCUGCUGUUUAGACUCAUAGACACCAACAUGCCCGACUCCAUACAACAGGCCGUUAUGAACACGCUCUCCAUUGGCGCCUCGCUACUGCUGCCUCCUCUGAGGGAACGCACAGAGCUGCUCCUCUCCCUCCUACCUCAGGGCCCACAGAGUCUAAAUGUCCUCUCCAAAGGUCAACGUCUGCAGUUGGACAUGGUCCUCAGCAGCCUUCAGGACCAGAGUCACAUGGCAUCUCUGCUAGGCUACAGCAAUUUCGGGGAUGUGACAAACCUUGCACCACCUCUGACACCUGCCACGUCCACACAAGCGCCCUCCUCCUCUUCUUCCACAUCUGAAGCAUAUGACCAAUUUCACUUAGCAGAGGUGUUGCUCAGGACCCUUCUGCUAAGUAUUGGCUUUUACACGGAGCAAGCAUUUGGGGAAUUGGAGAAAAACAGUGAUAAGCUUCUGUCAAGUGAUCGUCAACGAGAUGUAGAGGCUCCAUCGCACUUUCACCAGCUUCUUUCUGGACUUCACAAACACAUGCUGGCCCAUUGCUACAUCCACUUCAGCUCUGAGGGGUUGCCACAGUGUGACAUCUCGGAUGAACGGUCAUAUUUGUUUGGCACAGUUUUUACGCCGGAUGCCCUUCCUGACGCAACCCCUCUGGAUGACAGCAGCGUAAAAUUACUUGGUGAGCAUCUGCACUUGAUGCUCUCCUGCGCUGCAGAGACACUCAGGAGAGCCGCCAAGUUGCUGAAGGAGAGCUUCAUCGACAAGCAGAUGAUGAGAAAGCUGCACACGGUGCUAUACAACUCCAUGGCAGGGAGCCUCCUGUGUCAGAUCAUGUACUCGCUGCUGCUGCUGCCCCUCAGUACAGUCCACCCCCUCCUUGGCCAUCUGGUGGACUUGCUGGAGGAUCUGGACAGUUUCAACAGGUUGCUGCCAGAGACGAGCCUGCUUGAGGAGCAGGAGCUGGAGGUCGAGGCCUCAACAGUCCCCUCAGAUGAAAGUGGACAUCAGGAGGAGUUUGAGUGCAUGUGGCUUUGGCUGCUGGAUCUGGAGCGUUCCGUAGCGUUAGCUGUUGGACGCUGCCUUGGUGGGAUGUUGCAAGGCCUGCCACCCUCCUCCCAGGAAAGAACCUCAGAAUUCUGGUUAUCCAAUGUUCUCCUUCGAAACGGCCUUGAGAUGGACUAUGAAGAGCUGGACUCUAGCAUGGCAUGGCUUUCAGAGGCGGUGCUGCUGGGCGGUAGCGAUUCAAAGCUGUCCGAGCUGCACCUCAAUCAGGAAUCACUGACAUUACUGGAGGUGGCGCUGGGAUCCUCCAGAGGACCCGCUGGGUGCCUACUGCAGAAAAUGGGGGAGUACGCACUCAGCAGAGAGUGGGAGAGUGAAGGAUCAUCGGGGGAUACUUUGCUGGAGGCUGUCUGUCGCUGCUGCUUGGCAGCACUUCUGAAGCACACAGGGAUACCAGAUCAAGCUUAUUGGCAGGACAGAUAUGAGCCCUGUGAGAUGCUGCUAGACAUCUUUGAAAGUGUCUAUAAAAUCAGAAUCUCUCUAUUGGCCCAUAAAAAUUCUCCGAGGACUUCACAGGUGCUUGCCACUGCCAAACAGUGUCGGAGUACAGAUGCAGAAGAGCCAGUAGCAACUGUGGUGAAGGAAAGUGAGCGGUUGUCUGCGGGUCAGUGCAGCCGGGAAGUUCAGGUGCCUCCACCUCCUGAAGCCAACCACAACCAGGACCAAGACGACGCAGUGGAGGAGCCAUUGGACAGCAAUCGCAUAGAUCUUACAGAGGUCCUGGAGUCCUUCAUGGUGACCCGCGAGGCCAUGCAGGUGCAACAAAACACGACUGUGUACGAGUCCUUUGGGACCUCCACCCUGCCUGGCACCAUGGAGAAUGUGGCCAGCCCCCAUAGGGAGCUGGAUCCCACACAGCAGUGGGACAACCGGAGGGAGUCGGAGGAAGAGAACUUGCCUUUCCCCUCCACCUGCCGUCAACUCGUCUCCCGUUGCCUCUUCCUACUGUUGGGAGUUUGUCCUGCCUGGGUGGACCCUGGUGAGAGGGAAGAGAGUCAGGGAGUGAAUACCAGCACAAGGACAGCUAAAGAGCCCUUUGGCAUCAGAAAGCAGUUUGACCAAUCAAAGAGCUCCUUGGGAUCAUACAAGAACAAAAUGGGCUUGCCUCUCUGCUCUUUGGAUGUCAUGAAAGACGCUUGGGAUCGACUGCGUCAGUGCAUCAGCCCGACUUCUCCGGUUGUGGCCCACUUCGGCAACAACACACAGCUGAUCCUGGACCAGACUCUCCAGUUUGUGUGUGGGAACAUUCUCCAGUUUACAACGCCGACCUGUGAGGCCGAUCCCAAAGCCAUAGCCUUUGCCAUCUUGCAACAGCAGCACAGGGUGGAGAUGCGCCUGGAGGCAUUCCAUCAAAUGUCAUCAUUCCUGUCCAAAAUGGAGGAGAAGGGCGGCUCUCCUCACUAUCCCGCCUUAUUGCAGUCGGUGCAGCUCCAGUUCCUGUCUGGAUGCUUCGCCUUGGGAACUCAAAUUAUGGGCUCCCUUGCAGGCGCUCAUUACGAGAUGAGCCAUUACACGAAUGGGACUCAUUCCGCUGCUAUUGACAAGCAAAGGGAGUUGCAAUGUGCAGCACAGGGUUUCUACCAACAAGUGGUGCACAUCCUCAGACAGAGAGUCCUCCAUGAAAGAAAACAUCCAGGUUCAUGCCAGCACCUCCUCCUGGCUACCAUGUUUGCGCUGAACUUCAGUUACAAGCCAGCAGACCUGGUGCUGGUGGUCAAGCGCGGCAUCCUAGAGCUGCUCUGUAUGCUGACCGACAACAGCUGCGCCCUAAUGACCCAGGGAUGGCUCGCCGUUUCCACAUCGGGAUGUAUGCUGCCGAGUGGUGCUGUCAAGUUGGCAUGUACACGCAUGCUGCAGAUCCUUGCAGUUGCUUCCAGAUCCUGCGAGGAUCUGCUCCCUCUCGAGAUUUCCCAUGCACUCAUGGAGGUCAUGUGCAAGCACCUACAAAACAUCCUGCACACAUUCCAACAGCAGCAAGCGGCCGAGAGAGCAAAGAUGGAGACCACCGCGCAAGAGUGGGAUAGCUUAAAAGGAUCAGAAAGUAGCCGAGUUCUUGAAUGUCAGCUUGCCGACUUCUUGGUAUUCCUCAGGCGGGUAUUGUCUUUACGAGUGAUGACAACCCUCUCCUCAUUCAUCAAGUGGGUGGACCCGCUCAUGGCCAUUAUUUCCUACAAGUGCUCUUUAGGAUCACCAUGCUUCCAGAACCUUCGCACAAAGCUUUUGGCCUUCCAUGUUUUAGAACGACUGUUGCCUGCUUGUUCUGAGCCUGAAUAUGUUCAAAAGAUUGUCAAACAACUCUUUCAGCUGAUGUCUGUUUACAUGUGGGAGGAGCCUCUGGCCGAGACAGCCCACGAGGAGACGACUGUAAAUGAUUCUGAGAAUCAUGGUGGCAAUGAUGAAUGUAUUCCAAUCGGAGAUUUUUCCUUCGACCCACAUAAGAUAUCGUGCUGCUCUCUGGAGAGUGGGAAUGUCCUCUCUCAUGGCACGGGUGGAAAAGGUUACGGUCUGGCGACCACAGCCAUCACCUCUGGGUGUUUCAUAUGGAAGUUCGACAUCACCAAAGAACACAGAGGCAACGAGGGCACGUGCGUGGGCGUGUCGCGUUGGCCUGUCCACGAUUACAACCAUCACACCACCACUGACAUGUGGCUAUACCGUGCCUACAGUGGCAACCUUUACCACGGAGGGGAGCUGGUCCGCACACUCCCGUCCUUCACUCAAGGGGACACCAUCACCUGCAUCCUGGACAUGGAGGCUCACACAGUGUCGUUCUCUAAAAACGACAAGGAGCCAAAGUUGGCUUUUGAAGGUGUGGUUGCUUCUGAGCUGUACCCUUGUGUGUUAUUCUACAGCAGCAAUCCUGGAGAGAAGGUGACACUGGGGGACCUCCAAAUGCGAGGCAUGCCCAGCAACCUUCUUCCCGGCGAGCCGCUGUGCAGCCCGCAAAGCACCACCCUCAUUGAGUGCACAGUGCAACUCCUGCGCCGGCUGCACCUGUGUGACCAGUGGACGCCGCACAUCAACCAGUACAUCCAUGCCAACCUAGAGCUCAUCGGUCCCUUGCUGAAGGAGGACCACUUGGCAGGCCUCACAGCAGGUGGACAUGCAUCAACAGGUCUCCAACCAACUGCUAAGCAAAAUGACGGUGAUAAAGAUCCAUCUGAAGAUAACUCUCAUCGAAGCCUUUUAUCAGAGUCCAAGCUAACUGCUUUGUGCACGGAAGUGUGGCCCGUUCUGGCAUUGAUUGGAGGUGUGGAUGGCGGUCUCCGGGCUGGAGGCUUGUGUCUCCACAAGCCCAGCGGGCGCAGGGCUGUUCUGUUGGGGGUCCUGAAAGAAAGGAGCUCGGUUGCUAAGCUGCAGUGGGAGGAGGCUGACCUGUCAAUUAGCUCCGUGAAUUCUUGGUCACCCAGUGACACGCCCAUCUCCUCGUUGGAGCCCUGCAACGUGACUUGCUGUGACGUAGCACGACUAGGAGGCCUUAAACCGUCGGUGCUGCUGGACCUGAUUUAUCUAAUGGGGCUGCUGGAGGAGCGGGGCUGGCUCUCAGCUCAUGCAAUAGCGGCUGAGAAAUUGUCACAGGAGAGCCUGGCGAACGGCGAGAUCCAGUAUUGCUUGGAAGAGCGAGAUGUUCUCGCCGGCUUAGCGGAAGAGGAUAGGAAGAAGGUUGAAGAUGAUGGGAAAGGGACCGCCAAAGAUAUAAAGGUCCAAGAGGAGACAACCGGACUGCGACAAAUGUCUCAAACCAAAAAGAACCCUUCAAUCUUGGAGGUCAGAGCCAUCAAAGUCUCCUACCUUCUCACUGGGGCCUUGAAAUCCCUCGCUGUCAUUUUCAGCUGCGAGAAGUUGUCAGAUUUGCUCUCUGGAGGUAAGCCAAAUGCCACCUUGUCAAGUCCCAGCUCAGACCAGGACAAAGAGGAUGAUAGUGGUGACGAGCAAUGGGACGAGAGUGCAGAGCUGAGGUCCGUCCUGCAGUAUGUCGUGCAGAACAUGGUGAAGUGGGCUGUCCGACCUUGUCCCAUAAAGCAGAGAGUGUCUCUGACUGACCUGGAAAGGGCUCAGGUCAUGAUCUACAAAGGCGCAUUGAAUCGACUGCAGAAUAAAGAACGAAAAGAAGUCGGCCACCACUCGGCCUCCCAGCCCGUUUCCAAGUCCUCCAGCUCAGUCUCUUUGUACAGUGUCGGCUCGGAAGGCACUGCCAUCUUCAGUCAGUCCAACCGAGCCUCGGCAUCGUCUUCCAACACAGAGCUGGCCUCUUCACUGCCAACCAACCUGCAGGCGGAUGGUCUUGAUCAAUUUAAUGCUUUCCUACCCAUCAGCCUCCUUCAACACAUGGUGCUAACUCGCUUCCCCACACUCACUGGGGUGGUAAGUGCCCCCCCUGUGCUGCAUCCUUGCUUCAGCCUGGCUAGUUCGGCCUCGUGCGACGCCUUCACCGAGCAGCAAACCAGCUUCAUGGAACCUGGUCCAUGCAGUACGCAGGCCAGAAGCAGCCUGGAGCGGACACAAAUGUUUGUCACCAGCCGAUUGCUAGAAAUGGGAUUCACUAUGAGACAUAUCUACUCUGCCAUGGAGGCAGCAGAUGUAGCGGGUGAGCUGGACUCUCGGACGAUUGAGGUGUUAGCCAGCUGGAUGCUAGAGCACCCCCUGAUGGAGGAGCAGCAGAUAGCGGAGUUGCCCAGGCAAGAGGGUGAGCCCGACACGCCGUCUUCCGAUGGGCCCGAAACAGUGCAGUGCCCGGAACGCCCCGUGAGUCAACCCACCGAGAGCUUGCUGCCAGGUCUGGACUGGAUUGAGCGAGAGAACUUCUUAGAUGUCCACCUGACAAGGAACAGACCUCCUCCGGCAAGGCGGCACCGUUCAGGCCCAACUCAGAGGACAUCUUUUCGGAGGGCAGGAAUUCCCGUCUCUUCAGAUUUGCCAUCACCCAACCCCAUUCCACAGCUGUACCAGCAGAACCCAGGCGAUUGGCCAGAAUAUGUGGAGUUUCACCCCUUCUCCACAGAGGAGGAGUCUGAGCUAGGUUACAUGGAUGACGUCUAUCAUGAUGAGACCUAUGAGGACCUGCUCACCCCUUUCUUCAGUCUUGAGAGGGAUACUCUUCACAUAGUGGAGAGCGGCGAAGAACACAGUCCGAUGGUGAAAUGUGAGCUGUGCAACACCCUCACCCUACAGUUCAAUAAUCACAUCAAGCGCCGGCAUCCCGGCUGCGGCCAGAGCGCUGCGCGCAAGGGCUACGACAGCACUGGUGCCUAUGUGGAUGUCUGGUUUAAAGGGGAGUGUGGCUCCAACUUCCCCUUCUACCUCCUCUGUAGCUCCUGCAGGGAAAAGUAUCUCGCUGCCAACAAUAAUGAUCAGAAUUCAAGGAGUGAAAGGACAAAAGGCCUGACAAGUGAUCUGAUUGGCCGCUUGGACAGCACCUCCGAUGAUGACUGGGAACUAAACCACCAAGACGAGAGUGACCAAGGCAGACUGACAGGACUGGAGGACUGUGGCCUCCUGUUGAGACCACUAGGCCUGACUGAAAAGAAGCUGGUGCCGGACCCCAUCACCUUCACUGAACCCGAUCCACUGGGAGCGUUGGUCUAUAGCUCGGAGGAUCCUCUGAGGGCCAAUCCCAAAGGGGAUGCUAUUGUGGAGCCGAAAAUUUCCCUGAGUCUUGGGCAGCAGGCCAUAUCUCUAAAGGACUCUCAUGACCGCCUGAAAGCACUAAGAAGAGUGACCUCCACAGCUCAGAUCCUGCUGGCGUACAGCAUGGUGAUGCGAGCUCUUUCUCAAACCUCCUGCAGCCCGUCUGGCGGGCUGGACUCCUUGGGUCUGGCAGACAUCCGCAUUCUGGUGCGACUCAUGACGCUCGCCGCAGCGGGCAGGGAGAACACGUGUGCAGACAGACGGUCCGAGGGCGAGGGGCCAGCUUCCGAGCGCGCCAACUCCAGCUGCCUCAGCUUCCUAACGGCGGCCAUCGGCAGCGUCGUGUCCCACAGCCCCACCGCCUACAGGCAACUGGUGGAGAUAUGUACUCAGGAUCUGAUGGCAGCGGCAACUGGGGUAAACAUUUUCAGUAGCUAUGUGCAACAGCGACCGUGCCUGACAGUCAGCGUGGUGUCUGCCACUGCCCAACAACAACAAGAGCAGCAGCAGCAGCCAAAGGAGUGCAACGAGCACCCAGCGUCCUUUCUGGUCACACAGAGUCUCGUGGCCUUGCUCACCGAGAAGGGCGCUCACUGCUACGGUGCUGACAAGCCUGAAUACGAGACUCACGAUGCAGGAUACCAGGGGAUAUCUUCCACUUGUCCUUCUGCCCAUCGCGGCACCAGAGUGGGCCCUCUCGAGCUGGCCAACGCUCUGGCGGCAUGCGCGCUCUCCACCAUGCUGAGCAGCCAACACCGCCAGUGGGCGACGCAGCGGCUGCUACAGGCCUUGGCCACGACCGGGCACGACGGACCCGGCCGAGCCCAGACCUACAGUGACCUCGCAGGUGAUCUGCGCAAAUGUCCCAUCAGGAGGCUGGAAGGACACUAUAAUAAGGUGGCCACUUGUUUGUGGAACAGUGAGCAGAGUCUCCUGGCUACUUGCUCCCAGGAUAAAGUGGUACAGCUGUGGAGCAUCAGCGAUAACAAUGCCCAGUUGCAUACCACCUUCUCCUGCAUAACCAGUAAAACGGACAGAACAAAUUCUGAGAGGGCUGGCAGAUAUCAUCACAUGUCAUUGCCUGUGUACUGGAGCACAGGGGGAGACUUCCUGGCUGCUCCAGAGAACAAACACAUCACCAUCAUGAACAUAAAAGGCUCUCACUGUCACAUUGAAACUCAAGCAUCCCGGGUCACGGCGCUGUGUUGGGCCGCCGCCUUUAGCUUGUGGCUUCUUGAUCAGCCACACAAACUCCGACCAACUGAGAGCUUGCUGAUUGGACGGCUGGACGGCUCUCUCUGCUGGCUGCGCGUCACCAUGCAGGAUGUCGACUUGGUUGUGAAGACAACUGAGCUCACUCACUGCUACAGGACAGAGGCUCCGCAGUGUGUGGCCUGGCACAGUGAGGAAAAGCCUUUUGCAGUCGGCUACCCGAGUGGAAAGAUCCUUUUGGCGAUGACUGAGACCUAUGAGAGUGAGCACCUGGUGGUGCUGCCCAUCUACCAGGACAGUGUCACUUGCCUCAAGUGGGAUCCCACAGGGCACCUACUGCUCUGCCUGGGCAGGGGCGAGGUAGUGCAAAUCCUGGGCUGCUCUGGGGGUGUGUGGGUGACUCUUCACUCCCUCACUCAUUCCAGCACAGUCAACGUCGCCGAGUGGUGCCCGCUCGCAGGCCAAGCCCCAGACCCCAUGCUUAUGAUUGCGACAGGUUGUCAGAAUGGCUCUGUGCAUGUGUGGACGUUGCCACAAGGGAGUGCUGCUGUGCCUCUGUCAACCACGCUGAAAAGCUCUUUGAGAGAGCGCAGAAGUGCCAAUGUCAUGGAGAGUGCAAAGUGUGUGUUUGUCCUCCAUGGUCACAUUACAGCAGUGAAAUCGCUAUCAUUUUGCUCUAGUGGUCUGGCUCUGGUUUCUGGAGGGAUCGGGGGGCUGCUCAACAUCUGGUCCUUACAGGAUGGUUCAGUGUUGCAGACUGUUACAGGUUUGGGAUCGGUCGUCAGUACUACAUGGAUCCCUAAAAUCGGUGUUGUGGCCUGUUUUGGAAGGUCAAAGGAUGUCUUGUUGAUCUGCUGUACCCCAGACUGGAUCGAUCAGAAUCAUGUGCUGGCUUCUUGCCGCAUGAUACUAAGAAGCCAAAGUAUCCUGGGUCUACAUCGGGCCCCUUGUUUGGCUGUGCUGCUGGAGAGGCUGCCCCUUUUGCUGCAGGAGCAGUAUGCAUAUGAGCAGGCCCACUUGGUCUCUGGUGACCAAUUAGUCAACAGUGCCUUCCUGCAGAGCCUGGCAUCCCUUGCUGUCGGUUUGUCCCUGGAGGAGCUCCUGUGCCAUUACCCUUGCCCGCCCCAUCACGCCAACCCCAACACCCGAUCCUGCCCUACCGAGUGGAACUGGCUCGCCACCUAUGCCACCACUGUGCGCAGUGCCGAGGCCAUCGCCAGCGGCACUGUCUUCCCGGAGUCCUUUGGAAUUCCAGAAUUUGAAGAGGGAGAUGAGGAUGAAAUCUCAAAAGCCCUGGACAAUAGUAAGUGGAGCUUCAGGAUGGAUGAACAGCUCAUGUCCUGGGCAACCACCCAACCCGAGGAAUGGCAGCAAGGGGGUAAAAGCGAAGUGUACCUGUGGGGGAACGGACGCUACGGACAGCUGGCGGGAAUGGCAACCAACCCCACGACGCCUACCUUAGCACCCUCUCUGCUAAAGACACAACAGGUGGUGUGUGGUCAGAACUGCACUUUCCUGGUUCAAUCCAAUGGGAGUGUGCUGGCGGUUGGAGAAGGACAGUACGGAAGGUUGGGACAAGGAAAUUCUGAUGACCUGUAUGUCCCUACUAUUAUCUGUUCUUUUCAAGGUUACGUGGUGACUCAGCUAGUGACGUCCUGCGGGUCAGACGGACACUCCAUGGCGCUGACUGAGACUGGGGAAGUGUUCAGUUGGGGGGACGGUGAUUUUGGGAAGCUCGGGCAUGGCAACACUGAAAGGCAAAGGAGACCAAAACAAAUCAAGGCCUUGCAAGGGGAAGAUGUCGUUCAGCUUGCCUGCGGUUUUCGGCAUUCUGCCGUGGUAACCUCCGAUGGGAAACUGUUCACCUUUGGCUGUGGGGAAUCGGGACGUCUGGGUCAACGAUCAACAUCCACUAAAAUGGUGCCAGAGAAGGUGGCUGCACUGGAGGGUUAUCAUGUUGGACAGGUGUCAUGUGGUCUCAACCACACACUGGUCUUGUCUGCUGAUGGAACAAUUGUAUGGGCAUUUGGAGACGGAGAUCACGGAAAAUUGGGAACCGGUUCCUCAACUGCAAAGUACUACCCUCAGAAAGUGGAGCAGCUGUGUAAUAAAGGAAUAAAGAAGGUCAGCUGUGGAACUCAGUUCUCCGUUGCCUUGGCUAGGGAUGGACACGUGUACACGUUUGGACAAGAGCGCCUGAUUGGCCUGCCCGACGCCAUGCUCAAGAACAAGUCAUGUCCUCAGGUGGUCCCGGCCCUGGAUGGGAAUUUCAUAGAGGACGUGGCCCUGGGCUGUGAACACGUCCUCGCCCUGUCCUCCACCGGCGACGUCUACGCCUGGGGGUGCAAUAGUGACGGACAGCUUGGUCUGGGACAUUCCAACCUGGUAAAGGAGCCCACCCUGGUGACAUCUCUCCAGGGGAAGAACAUCCGACAGAUCUCGGCAGGCCGCUGCCAUAGCUCGGCGUGGACCACGCCCUCUACAGCCAUUAAAACCUCAGGUGGUUACGGAAAUUUCCAGCUUGGUCUUCCACAGUGUGUCCCUCCCCAGUACAACACUUUGAAAGAUUGCAGUCCUCAUCUGCUCAGCAUGCGCCUCAGGGUGCUCCACCACUUCUCCGAUCUCAUGUUCAAGUCAUGGCGGCUGCUAAACCUGGAUGCCAAAAAUAUGGUGUGCACUUCGAGGUACAGUUCGGGGACUACAGCUAUCAUCCGUGGUGAACUCAGAGGUCUUCUAUCGCCUAAAGUCAAUACUCUGCCUCUAGUACGUUCAAUUGGCAGAACUAUGACCCAAGGAAAAACAUAUGGGCCACAGAUAACUGUGAAACGCAUUUCCACAAGAGGGCGCUCCAGCAAGCCAAUCUUUGUGCAAGUCGCCAAGCAAGUGGUGAGCUUGAACCCUUUGGAGCUGCGACUGCCGUCUAGAGCGUGGAAGGUCAAGCUCGUCGGUGAGGGAGCCGACGAUGCUGGUGGAGUGUUUGAUGAUACCAUAACAGAGAUGUGCCAGGAGUUGCAGUCUACUGUGGUGGACCUCCUGAUCCGUACCCCCAACAGCUUUGCCGAUGUGGGGAGUCACACUGACAGGUUCCUACUGAACCCAGCCGCUCUCUCCAAAGAUCACAUGGUCCAGUUUCGCUUCCUGGGCAUCCUGAUGGCAGUGGCCAUCCGUACCAAGAAGCCUCUAGACCUGUAUCUGGCGCCGUGGGUGUGGAAGCAGCUCUGCUCCAUGCCUCUGGGAGAGCCAGACCUGGAAGAAGUGGACCUCCUCACUUAUCGCACCUUACAGGGCAUUCUCCACUUGGAGAAUAGUGGCAUCACGGAGGACAACUUCCAUGUGAUGAUCCCACUGGAUUCAUUCGUGGCCUACAGUGCAGAUGGAAGCCUGGUUCCAGUGGUUCCUGGAGGCCAAAACAUUUCCCUCAACUUUUCCAACAGGACAGAAUAUGUGGAAAGAGCGCUGCAGUACAGACUUCAUGAAAUGGAUUCUCAGGUGGCGUCAGUCAGAGAGGGGAUGUCGGCCAUCAUUCCCGUGCCGCUCCUCUCGCUGCUGACCGCCCAGCAGCUGGAGCAACUUGUGUGUGGCCUGCCCGAGGUGUCGGUGGAGAUGCUCAAGAAGCUGGUGCACUACCGCGACAUCUCAGAGAGCCACCAGCUGGUGGCCUGGUUCUGGCAGAGCUUGGAGGAGUUCACCAACGAGGAGCGCGUUCUCUUCCUGCGCUUCGUCUCCGGCAGGUCCAGACUUCCGUCCAACCCGGCGGACAUGACCCAAAAGUUCCAGAUCAUCAAAGUGGAUCGGCCCAUCAAUGGCCUACCGACAGCGCAGACAUGCUUCUUCCUCCUGCGUCUUCCACCGUACACGAGCCAGGCGGUGCUGGCCGAGCGUCUGCGCUAUUCCAUACACAACUGCCCCUCCAUCGAUAUGGACAACUACAUGCUGACACACAACACGGAGCCCUUGGAGACCUCCGACACCGAGGAGUGAUGUCACCGUUAUAUGCACUGGCUUUUAAUUUAUAUUGACCCUGGAUGAGUGUUGUUGUUUUGCGUUUGUGUGAGAUAUUGUGUAUUUAUUGCAGGGCUUGAAUUGAGAAGCAACAAUUAUUAUUUCUUAUCAUAUAAGCCACUGAAUCAAUGUGCCUGUUUGUUCGAAGAUAAUUUAAGACUCUGGCAGUACUACUGUAAAAUAAAGAGUACUUACUUGUAUUGUGGUUUACACUGAC